AAAACAUUUACGCGUGGAACUGUGGGCUGAGUCCAGUUACAUCACCGACACUCAUACAAAAAGCUCUCCAGCUCACCGGGGGGGAAACAAAGACACCAACCUCGGACUCAAACCUCGAGAGGCAGCUUUCUAACUCCCUGGGCUCAGCGGAGCGCGCGAGGACACGAGCUGGUCUAAUGGACAUACAUUCCCCCAAGAACAUGAGGAAAGCUGGGACGUUCCGCUGCAACAUUAAGCUGUUCGUCCUGUGCCACGGCCUCCUGCAGUUCUCUCAGCUGCUGUACAGCUCUUACUUCAAGAGCUCCAUCACCACAAUUGAGAGACGCUAUGGCCUCAGCAGCUACUCCUCAGGAACCAUUUCCUCUCUCAACGAGGUCAGUAACAGUGUGCUGAUCGUGUUCGUGAGCUACUUUGGAAAUCGGGUUCACCGCCCUCGCGUCAUUGGAGUUGGUGGAUUACUCAUGGCUGUCAGUGCCAUGAUCCUGACCUUACCUCACUUUGUAUCCCAGCCCUACAAAUAUGACUCCGUUUUACACAAUCGCCAGGACAUUUGCAACCUGCAGCAGAACUCGAGCGACUCUGAGUCUUGUGGUCGCAACGAGACCAGGCGCCUGGCCGACACCAACAACCUGUGGCUGCUCAUGGCCAGUGCUCAGCUGCUCUUUGGUGUGGGCUCGGUGCCCAUCCAGCCCUUUGGGAUUUCUUACAUAGAUGAUUUUGCGGGACCUGGAAACUCCCCUCUUUACAUAGCCAUCCUGUUUGCAGUAUCUGUGUUUGGGCCUGCCGUUGGCUACCUGCUUGGCUCAGUCAUGCUGCGGAUCUAUGUGGAUGUGGACAGAAUUGGUUUAGGGGCUGAACAAGAGCUGAGACAUGGUGAUCCUCGCUGGGUUGGGGCCUGGUGGAUGGGCGUGCUCAUCACCAGUGGCUGCCUGGUUCUCACCUCCAUCCCCUACUUCUUCUUUCCUCGUAGUAUGCCUUCAGAAGACAAUGUGACUGGAAGUGAAAGUGACAUAAAUGACGACUUCAAGAAGCCAGAUACCUCUUUACUUGAUUUCCUGAAAACGUUUCCCAGAAUGUUUGUCCACCUCCUGUUGAGCCCUCUCUUCCUGAUGCUGGUCCUGGCCCAGUGCUGCUUCUCCUCAGUGAUUGCGGGUCUCUCUACGUUCCUGAACAAGUUUCUGGAGCGGCAGUACAGCAGCUCGCCUGCCUACAGCAGCCUGCUAGUAGGUGCUGUGAAUCUGCCAGCUGUAGCUGUGGGGAUGCUGGUCGGCGGGAUCAUCAUGAAGAGGGCAAGCCUCUCUCUAAAGACCAUCCCACGUUUCUCUGUGGUCAUGCUGACAAUAUCCACCCUCCUCUGUAUCCCUCUCUUCUUCAUGGGCUGUCCCACCCAGAAGGUCUCAGAGGUCAAUCAUAAUCAAAUUGGACAGUAUGGGUCACUAUCCAUGUGUUACUCCAACUGCUCCUGUCCUUCCAGCGCCUUCAACCCUGUGUGUGGUUCUGAUGGUAUAGAGUACAUCUCUCCUUGUCAUGCAGGCUGCACCAACUUCACCAAAGACCCCAGCAACGGCCACAGGGUUCAGCUAUAUACCAACUGCAGCUGUAUAUCUGGGAGCCAGAGUCACGCCAUCCCAGCUCCCUGUUCAAACAGCUGCCCUCAUUUACUCCUCCCCGUCAUACUCGUCAUCUCUCUGGCGUCACUGAUCGCCUGCUUGACUCACAACCCCAUGUACAUGAUGGUGCUCAGAUCUGUUCCCUCUGAAGAGAAGUCAUUUGCCAUAGGAAUCCAGUUUUUACUUAUGAGAGUAUUAGCUUGGCUCCCUGCCCCUGCUCUCUUCGGGAUGGCUAUCGAUACGUCAUGUAUCUGGUGGAAACGUGUGUGCGGAAAGAAGUUUAGCUGUGGUUACUAUGACAACAACAUCUUGAGGAACCGAUACUUGGGCUUACAGGUGGGCUACAAGAUCAUGGGCAUUGUUCUGCUGAUGAUGCUGGGAUGGAAGGUGCACCGGACUCAGGAGUACAGUCUGGAGAAGAGGCCUGAGGGACUACUGUGACCUUGCUGAGGACCUGUGUUGAUUAAAGCCUCUCUGUUCAGUUAAGCUUUGCUUUGGUGUUAAACGUUUUGAAGAACAGCACACUGAGUCAGUGGGAGAAAGCCACAGACAAAACAGGCCUACACUGACCUCAGUUUCUGUAGGCCUACUUCCCCAUGUGGUAUGCCACUGGUUGGAGUUAAAAUAGACAUUUUCCAAAUGGGAAAAGUUGUGAUGUUUUUGGAUGCUUUAAAGCUUGGAAUUAUUCUGCCAAUAUGACCCACAGAGUCAGGAUAAGAGAGGACAGCUAAAACACCUCUCUUGUGUGGUACCUCACAACAUUUUACAUGGAUCUGAAACCGGGACGAGAGUCUGACCAAUGAUAAAACAGCAGAUAAUUAUCCUUGUAUAUUACUUGUUCCUGUAAGGUAGGAACCUAUUCAGGUUUCUAAUUUCAAUGGGAACAUAUUUUGUAACUAAUUAACUGUAUAGCUUAAUAUUUAAGUUUAUUUUUUAUAGAUGUUUGUCUCAUACACAGAGACUUCUGUGAUAACUGCAAUACUCAUUUCAUGUAACAUCACAUAUAACACUUGAUUUAAAUGCAAUGCUAAUGAAAUUUCAGAUAUUAAGUAAACUGUUACUCGUAAAUUUAAUUAACCAUGCACAUUAUGCUAUCUAUUGGUGUAUAUUGUUAUUAUUACAGUGGAGUGCAUAGAUGUGUAAGCAUUACUGCCUAAUAAAUAAUACAAUACAAUUAA